UGAAUUUGGAGCAGCCGACGCUAUGCAGUUUGUACGGACUGCACCGAUUUGUCUCUCUCUCUUAAACCAGAAGACAGCUUUCUGUUUCUCUUCAGGUUUCUUUCAUCAAGCUCAGCAAAAAGCAGUGGAGUCAUUUUGCAGAUUGGAUGGAAUGUAAAAAGAAAAAAAAAAUUGUUAACGGUGAAACGAGUGAUUCGUUAGCUUAACGGGUUGUAUUCGGAUGAUCCGUUAACUUAACGGAUUGAGUUUGAGUGAUCCGUUAACUUAACGGAUCGGGUUAAAUCUGAUCCAAACUCAAUAAACCCGAUUCUGUUUACAGGUAUACUCUUGCCCCAUCCCCUCCCGAUCCUCAUGUGAGAAUCAUACAGAUUAAUCAAUUAUAGUCGUUCAUGAUAUAUUCUGCAAUCAUAAAUUAUUGAAUUUUUAGUUCUUUCUUCAUGGAAUAAUGAUUUUCAACCAUAUGAUGUGUGGUGAACAGUUAUAAAUGAUUGAUCUCUAAGAAUCCUCACAAUGAGAAUUCGGAGAGAAUCCAGAUUCCAAAUUAGGGAUGGGUUGAACCAUCUGGGUGAGGGGAGUGAGUCAAAGGUGUCCUAAAGCUUAGACUAUUUGUUUGUGGCAAAUAAUCAUGGGAAAAUGAGGUACAUAUAAUUUAAUUAUCUACUAAAGAUUAUAGGUGUGCUAAACUACCUUCUUAUCAAGUGAUAUUUCUCUGUUUCAAAUUCGAAUUCCUCGCUAAUGAUCAUUUUGUGUAGAGGCGUUGAAUCUCUGUUUUAUUAGAGAAAGUUAUGUGUUGAAGUCUCAUGGUGCGUAGUUGUCGAAUACGAAGAGUGUCAGUCCUCUCCUCGAUCUAUUGGAGGAAGUUAUCAUUGUCAUUCAAUGAUCGUUUUAAGUGUUUAAAAAAGCAUGGUCAAUCAUUAAAUUUAGCAAUGCAUGUCAUAUAUAGAUAUAUGCUAAACUUUUUGUAAUAAAAAUAAAUUGUAAUACAUAGACAUCAAUUGAACACGUAUUUGAUAAGGAAGCUAUCCUCUCCAAACCUUGGUGUCCACAGCAUAAGGAUCAAGAAAUCUGAGCAUUUGGUUCGUGUGAAAGAGAAAUCGAAACCCUUAAUUUGUUUAAGGUGAGUCAGCGGAAUAAAUUAAUGAGGACCUUCAGAUUCAAUUUGAGUGGUCUGACUUACGUGAUCCUUAGACUUCGGACGGUGAAAUUCAGAGUGAAUCUUGUCCUCCCUUGUAAACUUUGAAUAAAAACUCAAUACAACAGAAUACCACUUAUGUUUUUUGUUACUCUUAACUAUUUCAAUGUACAAGAAUGAUGAUUCAAAUUCGAGUAUGAUGAGUUAGGCAUGCUAUUUUUAUAAUAUGACUUAACUCGCAUUUGUCAUUGCUUCAAUGUAUAAAAAUGAGAAAUCGAAUUAAUAAACAAGAAGUCGAGCACACUAUCAUGACGAAUUGACUUAAGCAAAAUUUACCACACGUAGGUAAUUAUUGUGAAACAUUUUGGUCACAAGAAACCGAAAAAAGCAAGCCAAAUCAAGGAAUUGGGGAAAAAAAAAAAGAAACAGUUCUUCAGGUAGAUUGCGGAGGCCGCCCUUGUUUGGUCUCUAAAACCCUCCUUAUACCCCUUUCUUCCACCACGAUCAACACAAAGUGAGUGAGCUUCACAAAUCUCAGAAAAUGGUGAACAAACCAUGGAAGAUCAUCCCCCGGCCUUUGCUAGAAACCGUGCUCAACAACCACGCCCAGCACCACCGCGUCCCUCAGCCUCUGAUCCUCCACGGCCCCAGAGGCGUCGGCAAAACCACCCUCAUCCGCGAACGUUUGCUUGGGGAGUGGAACAAAGGCCCUCACCUCACCGGCUACGUCGACUUCGCCGAGUCCAUCAAAGACCACCAUCCGCGGUUCAAUCAGUCGUUUCCAUGGGCUUCAUGGUACAAUUGCCCCCCGCCCACUUUGCCCAAUUGCCGAACCAAGCUCGAAAACUGCCUCGAAUCCAUGGCUUACAAGGGCGUCCAGCUGGGUUCCAUCAGCUCCCAUCAAAUCUUCUCCACUCUCAGCAAAUGGCACGGUCUUAACACCGCCCUCCGACGCGUUAUUUCCGGAAAUGGUGCUUCCAAAAAUGCGGUUUCUGAGAAAGUUUCUGGGUCGGUUUUGUGGGAUCGGGCGGUGUUCGCGCUAAGUGCUCGAUGUAAUGUCCAAGAGAUUGAUGGGAUUUUGGGUUUGACCGAGAAGAAGAAGAAUGUUCCGUUAGAAGAGGCUUCGUAUUAUAGGGAGGCCGUUGUGGCAUUGAGAUUGGCAAAGGAGGUGAUUAAGCAGCAGCAAAGCUGGAGGGCUAAUGCAAUUGCACAUUUGAAUCGGACCGGUGGCUUUUCGAGGUCUUUGGCAAAUUCUAUUACUGAUUGGCCUUGUUUGUUGUUGGAGUUGUUGUCACAAGCAGCUGAAAUUGAUCAUUUCCAGCCUAAGCUGGUUAUUAACAAUGUCGAAGUUUUAAAGAAUGCGAUUCUGUUGGAUGAGAAUUCAUCAGUCUGUGGAUCCAUGUACCAUGACAGUCUAAUAUGGAGAAUAAUUGCUUUAGGUGCAAAUGAGAGAUGCUUUCCUGUUGUACUCGUGACAUCGGAUAGUUACUAUUCAUAUCAAGCUUACAUGGAUUUUGGAUUUCCGGACAUAUUCAUCUCUCGUGAGGCUUUUGGCUGGAGUCCCCAGGAAGCUAAGUUGCAUAUGAUUACUGAUUAUUUCAGUAAUUCAGAGUGGUCAAUGAUUGCUGAGGUGUUUGGCCCAAACCCACGACACCUAUUUGAGCUCUAUGCACUCAAGCAGGCCAAUUACUAUCAACAGUUAGAAGACAACAAAGAUAGCACGUUUGAAGACAUUGUGGAUUCAUAUUUAGCUUAUUUGCAAAUUACUGUAGUGAAUCCGGCCAUGGACAAAGCUCUGGGGCUCCUUCAAAAGUUUGCUGCUGAUGCACGAAGUGGAAAAAUUUCAAAAGAUAGACUACGCUUUGGGGCACCUUGGAGACAUCCUCCACCUAAAAAUGAUCCCACCAUGUGCCUUGAAUGGGCAAAGAUUCAGCUGAUGGAUUUUGUGCAGUCUCUAAUCAAUACAGAAUUUGGAAUUAAUUAUCUAGCUGACUGUAGCCUUGAGAUCAUGGACGAUCCUUCUGCUGGUGCAUUGGUGGAGGUUGGUUUGCUGUAUGCUCAACGGGAUCCGUCCAUCAUUCGCCCCAUAUCUAGAGGCAUUCAGCGGUGUAUUGUAAGAUGGCUUGUCCAAGAACGGAUGCAGAUGAGUUUCCCUAAGUUUCUACGAUAUAAAUGGCAGCGUAUAAUGCGUGGCCGGAGCUAUCGCCAUUUGAUGCUACAAGUAGGCUAUAAGUAGAGCAUAAGAGAGCUGUCUCUAGGCAAACACACCUUUUAAUUUGGGAGUAGCCCCUGCUUCGGGUUCGCAUAAAUAUUUUUUACAGAGCGCGGACACUGGUAAAAUCUUCAAAAGCUGAUUUCAAGGAAAGUUGGUGUCUAGAUAUGCUAUGGAGCAACCCUUUGUCAAAGAUUUGAUUUUUGAAGACUACCAGCAGAAAAUUUUGAUAUUUGGAGAUGUGUAGAGCAUCGCUUGAAGUUGAGUAUACGGACCAGCAUUCUCAUGAUUCAUAUUUUUUUUAAACAAAAAUAAAUAGCAAAGAAUAGAUAGAGCUCCACUGUAUGUUUUAUGUCACACGUUCAUGAGGAAAUUGGUUCUAGUUUUUAUCGAACUCACCAUUUACGAGAUUCGAACCUGAAACUUUCACUUACAAGUGAAGAAGAUGUCACUAGAUUGUAUUACUAAGAAACAAUGCAAUAAUUUAUGCUUCUAUCUAUUCAUCUCUUUGGUCCAAAA